GUUUCCCCAGGAAGUGGUGUCACCCUGCGGGGACACAAGGAAGCUUUUCGUUGCGCCGUUGACCUUCGGUUUUCAUGCCAAGGUUCCUCUAGGCCGGCGCGUGAGCUCUCACUCAGACAUCCGCGCUGGUGCCCGGCGAAUUUGUGAAGUGGCGGCCAGUGCCUCGGUCUUGCGAUGCUAUUCAUUGUCUACGCGAUCGUCGGAGCUUUGUUGCUCGUGGUGGCUGCGCUUUUGGCAACACACGCUGCUUGCUAUAAGACGUGGAGACAUGUCAAGCGCAUGCCGGGACCGGACGCAUGCGGGAUCCCGAUGCGCACGAUUCUCCAGCUGCAGAUGAAGGUGUGGGCGAUGAGGAACGUGCUUCCUCCAACUGUCGUGUACAUGCAGUCACGUUUUGCAUUAACUCUGCGCUAUCAAAAUGAAGGAUUUUUCGCCUUCUACCUGGGUACAAGACCAUGUAUCACGCUAUACAAGGCAGAGCACGUCGAGACGUUCUUAACUAACCGCAACACACAGUCGAAGUCUUUUCAUUACGAGCUCCUUCAUUCGUGGCUGGGAACUGGACUCUUGACAAGCGCGGGACCGAAAUGGAAGAGCCGCAGGCGGAUGUUGACACCAGCUUUCCAUUUCAAAAUCCUCGAGGACUUUGUAGCUCCAAUGAACAAGAUGGCCAGGAAAACAGCUGCCCGAAUCGCUGACCGAGUAAACGAGCCCUGGAUUGAUGUGGUGCCCAUGGCAGCUGCAUGCGCACUGGAUGUCUUGCUUGAAACCAUAAUGGGUGUCUCGAACUCGAAGGAUGGCAGCGAAUCUCAGCGCUACGUGAAAAACGUCAACUCUGUGGCUGAGCGAGUAGUAAAAAGGUCACAGACUCCGUGGCUUAUGCUUGAUUGCCUGUACUACAGAACGCCAGACGGAAGACAGUACCAAAAGAACGUGUCUGAGAUUCACGCCUUCACCAGAAAGGUGAUCUCCAAAAGACGAGAAGAGAUAAUAAAUGAAAUACAUGCGGAAAACAGCGAAAAAGAAGCGAGUCCUAAAGUGGAGGACGACCUUCACCUUACGACGAGGACGUCAAAUAGGUUGACCUUUAUAGACAUCCUGCUACGUUACAGCAUAGAGGUCGACUCUACCCUGACAACUGACGAUAUACGAGAAGAAGUGGAUACCUUCAUGUUCGAGGGACACGACACAACUGCCAUGGGCAUCGCCUGGGCUAUCUAUAUGAUUGCAUUGCACCCCGACGUUCAAGCGAAAAUUCACGAAGAAUUGGAUUGCGUCCUACAAGGUGACCUAGAUGCUGAUAUAACCUUGGAAGAAUUGAAGGAACUCAAAUACUUUGACCGCGUGCUCAAGGAAUGCCAACGCCUAUUUCCAUCAGUGCCAGUCAUUGGCAGAACAGCAGCGCAAGAUAUUAACAUAGGCAAACACGUUGUUCCAGCGGAUAGUGACGUUGAAAUCUUCAUAUACGCUCUGCAUAGAGACCCAAGCGUGUUUCCAGACCCCGAAGUGUUCGACCCCGACAGGUUUCUACCAGAGAAUGUGGUACACCGACACCCGUACGCGUAUGUGCCCUUCUCCGCUGGUCCCAGGAACUGCAUAGGUCAGAGGUACGCAUCGAUGGAAGUUAGAAUCAUCGUCGCCACCCUUCUACGACGCUUCUUCCUGCAGGCGGUUGAGCAGCGAGACCAGCUGAAGCUGGCAUGCGAACUUGUGUUGAGGCCUUUGAAUGGACUUAAAGUGGUGUUCACACCACGCUCGGAGAGCAUCUGAACGCAUGUUUCUUACUUCAUUACUGUGUACCUUGAGCUGCAGCAGUGAUCUCUGUCUGGCUGCUUUUUCGGCUGAGAACCGCCACCAACUAGAGAACGACACGAGGCAAUAGCGGCCCCAGUGCUCUUACGACCGUACGAAUGAAGAUGAUUUCACUUUUUUCAGCAUUACCUCAGCCGUGGCGCCGUCAUAUUGAGACCGUAGAUUGACUAUACACCUAUCGCACUCAAUAGUUGGCAAAUAAUGCCGUAUAAUCUCUUUACAUGGAUGGAUAUUCUAAGCGCAUAACGAAGUAACAUUCCUACAAAGGCUGUGUGGCAAUCCAGGACUCUGUGAAUUGCAUUCCUCUAACGGGUGCCUGUUAGCGGAACAUAAUUUAGCAAGCCGUACUGUUUAGUAGCCGCCGGAGGGCAGAUACAUCUAGCAAUGCUGCGAUUGUGUACUACUUGAUGGGAAAUUUGUAGCUGCAUGUGAAACUUAUAACAGAAUGCAGGUGAACUUUGUCCCGAGUUUGGUGUCAUAGCAGAGUGGUUCAAAGUAUCACGCAAUAUUAACCAGACCGCUUUUGAAUUACCCUGCCGCCGUAAAAUGAUCGGUGUAUCUGAAAGUGAUGUAGAAGAUGUGGUCAUUCUGUCAUGCUGUUAGAAAACCAUGCAGGCCGAAACGUCAAUGUUGAAAGGGAAAAAAAAUUUCACCUUGGUCGGCGUCUCUUCCUGUUUUCACCAAUGAUUCUUCCCGACCAGACGAUAUUUCUUCAGACGCGCAACUUCAAUAGGAAAUCUUUAUCUCCACUACGCCUCCUGCUUCGUGUGCAGAGUAUCGCCUUUUAAACGUAUAAAAAGCACCCAUAUGUUGUACUGUCUGGAAGCACCAUAUAAUGCACUGAGAAAAAGCAUUCGUAACCAAGUGAAAACGGCCGGAAACUAAACAUAAAGAUAAUCUGUUACUACGUUUGAUACAGUUUACUUCGUAGGACGAUGCUAUGUGCCAUUAUACGCUGGAGUGAUUCAGGAGUGGAAGUACCUUAAGGAAAUCAAGAAAAUACACCAAGAAAUCGUAGUGUCUUCUUUCUGUGUUUCUUUCUCCUAACAUUCAAGGAACCCGACUUAUUCUACCAUUUCUUCAUUAGUGCCUUUGUCUUGUGUAUGUGUGUUUCAUAUCUAAUAACACUAGAAAAUAAAAUAAUCAUA